AUGGCUUCCGGUUCGCAGUCCGGUAUUUUAUUGUUAGGGAAUGUUGAUUCAUUCAAGUUGUCACAAACAGGAACAAACGUGAUUGUUUUAAAUGGUGCAAACAGUACUGUAAAUUACAAUGGUGCGGAUCAGAAUGUCCAUAACACGGCUUAUAAUAAUCUUAUUUUUUCGGGUAGUGGGGUGAAGUCAACUUCAAAUACAACAUCUGUUGCAGGUAAUUUAUCCAUCAGCAAUGGAGUGAAAGCAAGUAUUGCUGAUAAAACGAAUAUCAAUGCGGGCAGUCUGACUUUAGGAGUUUAUAGAAAAAUAAAUGGAACCUGGGGUUCUACCGCCGCUCCGCUUGCCAAGUAUCAGGAUGAUGGCUACUUUCAGGCCACAACAGGGAUUGUUACCGUUACCAAUGAUACAAGACCCACACCGGUUUUUUCAAAUUUAGCCGCUAGUCAAAGUAUUUGUUUUGGGACUCCUACAACAACAUUGAGCGGAACCGUAAGUGGAGGGGGAGUUUAUCCUUUACCAGGUGAAAAGGUAUCGGUCACCAUUAAUGGUGUAACGCAAAAUGCUACAGUAACAGGAAACACAGGCGCAUUCACGGUCACUUUUAAUACAGCAACAUUGCCUUCAAAUGCAACACCUUAUAUUAUUACCUAUGCUUUUGCAAAUGCAACAACAAAUGUUAAUUUUAAAGCGGCAACUGAUACGGGUACAACUAUUUUGGUAAAUAAAACUCCUGUAGGCGGUGGUGUUUAUAGCGGGAAUACACCAAUUUGUUUGAACGGGUCUACUGGAAAUAUGACUUUAGGGGGUGGUUAUGUUGGAACCGUUUUAAGAUGGGAGAAAAGAUUAAAUAACGCUGCUACUUGGACUGCUAUUAAUAAUACAACCACAGUUUAUUCAGAAAAUCCUUCGGUCUCCGGUACUUGGGAGUAUCGUGCUGUGGUAGGAAGUGGAAAUUGUCCGGAGGUUGCCUCGCAGCCGUUUAGUGUGGUGGUUAAUCCGUCAUUAUCUAUUACAGUUGCGGGAAAUACUUCUGUUACGCAGUUUGCUACAGUGGUACAGGUUCCUUAUUCGUCAAACAACGGAACAGAAUAUGAUAUUGUGUUUGACAAUGCAGCGUUGUCAGCAGGAUUUACCAAUGCCAACGGAAAUAUUUCCGGAAAUUCAGGAUCGCUUGGGAUAAAUGUACCUUACUGUAUUGGUGUUGGGAGCUACCAGGCUUACGUAAGGGUCAGGACAUCUUAUCCGGUUUGUGCAAGCGAAUAUUAUCCAUUUACGAUAACUGUAAAACCCAUCACUGGACCUUCAGUGGUGCAGUCAGAUCAGACAGUAUGUACGGGUAACCUGCCAAACGAUUUGACCUUAAGUAAUAAUACGGAAGGUGUGAUAAAAUGGCAGAGAUCUUUAAAUGCUGAUUUUUCUAAUCCACAGGAUAUCACUGUUACAUCAGUAACUUUACCUGGUUCUUCCAUUGGAGUUUUAACCCAAGACACCUAUUUCCGUGCUAUUUAUAAAUACGGAGGUUGCGGUAAAAUUAUUUCAAAUGCAGUACUAAUAAAAGUGGUUUCUGCCGCAGCAGCUCCAACAAUUGUUACGACAUCGGCCACCUGUUCUAGUGCAGGUUCCGCUAGAAUUCAAGAUUACGCCUCAGGCAAUAAUUAUUUAUUUUCUCCAAGUGGACCUUCGGUAGUUGCAGGUGGAGUUAUCACCGGUAUGGUUUUCGGGACAAAUUACACG